CUAAUUCAUUACUUGCUUCAAUAUCUGUUCUUAAUCAUUCCAUUUAUCUUCUUAGGUUUCCUAGAAUCGAAAUCCUCUCUGUCUUUUGCCUCCAGUAGAAUGUAGAAAGGCUGUUAUGGAGACCGACGGCUCUGGCGGCGAGUUGGGGAACGCUGGAAAAAGGCACCGUGAUAGUGAAAAUGAUUCUACUGCUACAGACAGGUUGACCCACCUUCCGAACCUCAUUAUCUAUCACAUACUUUCAUUUCUUGAGACGAAAUCCGCUGUCCAAACCUCAGUAUAGUCCCGAGCGUGGAGAUGUGCUUGGAAGCAUGUCCCCGCCCUUUUUCUCUCUUCCGAAUCAUUCUACUAUUAUGAACCUUUCGAGAUGUUUGUGGAGAAGAUUCCGUCCCUCCGGUACCCCUGUAAUAUCCACAAGGUGACAUAUAUGAUAUAUCGAUAGUGUACAAACGGAUUUUGAUGGAAGAGAAUAUCGUGAAAACCCUUUAUUUGCCAGGGUCGUUGAAUAUGCCUCACGCCAUGAUGUUCAACAUUUAGUGAUUGACCUGUGGAAUGAUGAUGAUGUAGAACAAAGUCGCAGGUUCUCGAAUGUGUUCAGGUUGAUCUCAAUUUGCAACAAUCUCAGAACGUUGGAGUUAUAUCGAGUGGCCAUCGUCCAUCGAUAGUGCAUUCCCAUCAUUUGGUUUCCAGAAGUUGACUACACUGACGCUACAGUAUUGCCCUCUGGCUUUUGGUGAGGAGGAGGACGUUGAUCCUUUUUCUAAGUUUCCCUGUCUCCAGAAUUUGAUCAUGAAAAAUUGCCUUGACCUCCUUCCAUGUGACGUCCGUGCAGGGAGUUUGAAAAUUUCCGGGCUCCAAUUGCUUAGCCUGGAGCUCAAACAUGUGGAGUUCUGCAAGAUCAAAAUAGUUGCCCCGAAACUAAAGUACUUCUAUUUGAGGGAUGAUAUACUUCAUUCGUCAGAGUUUUUGGAGGUAAAUCUUCCUUCCCUCAAUCAUGCUGAGCUUCUUGUCAUACAUAGUGAUAUGAAAGAGAGGAAGAAAGAAUGGAUGGCACAAAAUUUGUUCUCCUUGGUCCAAGGGAUGCAUAAUGCAGAAACUCUGUCUUUGUAUGGGAUCAUCCAGGUAUAUAUAUUCUUUUGGUUUUAGAAUGUGGCUAAUGUAGUGUAACUUGAUCCACGAUAUUUUACCUCAGGUCUUAAGUUGGUUAUUUUUCUUUUCCUUUCAUGCAGUUACUUGGUGAUUUUGAUGAGGUUCUCCAAAAGCAACUCUCUCCCUUUACAAGAUUGAAGCAUGUGAAUCUAUUUAUGAAUCGACAUUCAAAUAAAGUACCUUUACCUUACAAUGUGCUGGAUUACUUUCUUAAAGGAUCUUGUGCCGAACCAGUUAUUGACUUUGACAAGAAGGCAUGGCGUACCCAGAGGCCAGCGCGUUCAUGUCAUGAUUCAAAAGGAAAGCUCCAGGUUAGCCCUACUUAGCAGAUUUGGCGCUGUACGAAUGGCUACUGUCAUUAUUCAACAAGUCCAUCAUACUGAAGUUUCUAGGCUCAACUACAAAUCCAGGCUUGGCAACGAAUUCUGGAUGUUGUACCAUAACCAUAUGGAACAACCUUGAGUGCUAUCAUGUCACUUGUAGUGUUGUGGGUACUUUUUUUUAAAGGAUGUAUGUUAGUUGUAUCAGUUAUCUUAGGUUGAACAUAGUAAAUGACCAUUGUUGGAGAUUUGGAGUUGUUUAUACUUUUUAGUUGGGAAAAAUGUUGAUGUCUCACUGUGUUCGUCGGAGUCGGAUUAGGUGCUAAUCUCUGAAGAGGUUAGUACCAUGCUAACUGUGUUUCGGAUUAGGUGCUAAUCUCUGGACAUGCUAACUGUGUUUCUAGCUGUAGGAUGACAAUCUAACCUUAUGGUUAACAUUAAUUAAAGGUUGAUUUGGUAAAAACAAUAAUCAUUAAUCGAAACCCUUAUAUUCUCUCCACCCCUAAACAAGGAUGUCAAUUUUCACCUGACUGUUUUAGGCGAUAUGUUUGACCUUUUUCGAGGUUCGAUAUUAUAUGUAAUUUUACUCAAAAUACUUAUAAUUUUACUUUUGUAAUAUCAUAUUUUAGCUAUAAUGAAGUUGUAAAUAGGUGAGAAUCUUAAUUCCUUGAAUAUUUUAACUACAUUUAUCAUAUUUUAGUUUGUUUGAAAAUUUUCCUUUAAAAUUUUGAAAAUUUCUAAUAUUUUUUUUUUAAAUUACAUACCCAUAUGGGUCGACCUGCCCCAACUCGCGUCCUGUAAUGAAUUACUCUUCCUGGACCCAACGUGCCACAGGACGGGUAUGGGUAUCAAGAUACCUGUCUCGAACCUGUCCCAUUGUCAUUCAUAUCCCAAGUGCCGCCACCCAUUUUCAUUUUGUAAAACAGUCCCUCUGCCUUCGUAUCCUCUCUCUCUCUCUCUCUCUCUCUCUCUCUCUCUCUCUAAUAAGGAUGGCAAAGCAGAUCCCAAUCCGACUUGCCAUGUGGAGGAUAAAAUCCGACCCAAACUUGAACGGCGAAUCUCAACCCGAUUCGUAGUUAGAAUGCAGUGAAUAAGGACGUUGUUGAACAUCCGCUCCUACCUGGCCAAUAAUCUCCUCCGAAUAGUAGAUUAUUCAUAUAUUUUCGGAAUCGUUUGGAUGAGGAAUUGUAACAGAUCAAUUUGACGCAAUUGUCUCGUUUUGAGAUGAUUGUCACAAAUUGACUCGUUUGUUGGAAGUAGCUUGUCAAAAAGAGCUAAAACUUGCUUAAGUUUCGUGCAGAACAAGAAUGCUGGGAACGGUUUGAAAACACAAGAAGGAAAGUUUUCAAAGUACUUACCAUAAACCAAUUCAAGGAAGAAAAGGAAGGCAAGGAGCAACGACACAAUAGUUGCAGAAUAAAAGGCUGAAGGAAGCAAGCAGAUCGUCACUUUUCUGGAGGUCACUCAUACUAGGAAAGCUAAGAUCAUAGCUAGUGUGAUUGAUAAGAAAAGAGAGACUAAUUCAUCUUCUGGAGAGAAUUUGGGUUAGGGCUGUGUUGAGUGAAACACAGAAGCUGGAUAGCUGGUAAGAUUAGGGCUGGUACACCAGACCGUUAGAAAAACCGUGGUCCAAACCGUACCGCACAGUUUGGUCUGGACCGUAGACCGUUAAGUAUGGUCUGGUUUAUUUUAUGUUUUGAUCUCUUGGUCUGGUCUGGUCUAGACCGCGGUUUACCGGACCAAACCGUGGACCCAACCGACUUGUCAAUACGUGUUAAUAGCCCAUUCGAUCACCCUCCCAACUCACACAACGACACCCAAAUCUCAACCUUAAUUUUGAGAAUCUCGUCCCUCCUUCAUUCACAACCACAUUUAACUAGAGAGUAGAGAUAAUCGUGUCUCCAUAUGACAUUAUGUUAAUGUGUAUAACGUUAUGGUGCAAGUUUGUAUGCUUUUACUUUGUAUUUUUGUUAUUUCUAAGAUUUAGGAUAUCAAUAUUAUUCAUGCAUGUUAAGAUUAAUGUUUUAAGGCAAAUAACAAUUAUUUUUCUUGGUUAUUGGUGCAAUUUUUUGUGUGGUUGACUAAACAAAUUAUUCAUUUUUCUUUGAGUGUGGUCUAUCUGGACCAGACCAAACCAGACCGCACAGGCGUGGUCUGGACCGGGCCGUAUAGUCUGUGGUCUGGUCUGUGGUCUAUACUUUAACCUCUCGGUUUGGACCAUAGACCGUAUAUAUGGUCUGGUCUGGACCAGACCGCACCGUUUCCCAACCCUAGGUAAGAUAUCAGGGUUGAGUUGAAACAAUCAACUUUCCAGGAUUGGAUUGAUUGAUUUCGGUGCUGUAUGCUUGUAUAACUUCGACGAACUUCGAGCUUAGUGGAACGUCGGAAAUCACCUCAUCGUGAUCAUCCGACCGUGGAAUAGUCAGAGUUGGGAUUCUCUUUACCCAACUCUGGAAACCACGUAAAAAGUGACUGUGUUCAUUUAUCUUUUAUGGCUUAUUGUUUGUGUUCGAAACUUACUCUGCUUCUGCAAAGUUUCAGAGAGUUAAUCUGGAAACAGGGGAAUUGGCUCGAAGAAUCACGAAGAAGGAGUUGGGUUUACAAUCUCAAAACGCACAGCUUUGGAAAGAGUAACUUGACAGUGCAAUACUUUCGGGCCGGAACAAAUAACUGACUGGGCUAAAGGAUUCAAGCCCAGUCACUAAGAAAGACAGACCCAAAUUAUAUCUCUCUUCUUUACUAGUUUUACUUUGUACAUUUCUUUCAGUUUUUCGUUGUCCUUCACCUGUUCUUGGCCAAAAUCGAUUUAGGGUUUCAGCCUUACAGCUGAACUGGGGAGAUAGAAACCUCAAGUAGGUGCAGGCAUUUCGCGCUCGAAGCCAGCAACAUUGUUUAAUAGCAAAAAAUUUAAAUGGAUACGAAAAUAUUUUGAAUUGAUCCAUUUUGAAUCAACUUCAAUAGUUUGAAUGGAAAUAAGUAAUUCAAAUUACCUCAUUUUUAAUUGUCUUUUUUUAAAAUGAAACAAUUCUCAUUUCUACAUUCAUCCAUCCCUUCAUUUCCAACCCAGACACCCAGCUAAAGGAGAUCCUGGCUACGCCCCUUUUAUUUCCACGGUAACGCUCGAGUUUCCCUGAGGAUUUGAGUUGUUUUCCUGGUUCUAAUCCUUCGAGUUUAUCCAGUUCAGGCUCUCAGAAUCGAAAUUAUCAGUAGUCGGUCUCAGGCAGAAAACCUAAUGAACGGAAGCAAGGAAACAGGGAAGGAAAGACGCUGUGACAGGUUAAGCGAUCUUCCGGCGCCCGUUAUUCAUCACAUCCUUUCAUUUCUCGACACCAAAUUGGCCGUUCAGACCUCUGUGCUGUCCCGAUUGUGGAGAUUCGCCUGGAAACAUGUCCCCGUUCUGAACUUCCAACAAAGCUACUUCCAAAUUUACUCGAGUUUCCACAGAUUCUCCGAUUUGUUUGGCUGGAUCUCGAGCUGCAAUCUCAAAACCCUGAAAUUAAGAGGAUUCUACCUGGAUAUUGGGUUCAGAUCUCCUCGUUUCCGGAUGCUGACUACUUUGAAACUGGUGACUUGUCUUGUUGCCUGUGGUGAUGAGGAGGUGGUCUUUGAACCUUUCUCAAAUUUUCCUUGUCUGAAGCAUUUGGUCGUGGCUGAUUGUCUCUGUUGUGAUGAUAGUGAUACUAAUACUCAAAGACGUAUAAAGAUACACGGACUCGAAUUGCUUAGCUUGAAACUGGAAUGUGCUGUGUUUGACAAAAUUGACAUAUAUGCACCAAAGCUGGAAUUAUUCAGUUUUUUGGAUUACGUGGCAUGCAUAAGGUUGUCCGAUUUAAGCCUACCGUCCCUUGAUUAUGCUGAUAUUGGGUUCCACAAGGUGAAGCAGGGUUUUGUACAUGGAGAGAAAAAGGAACUCAUAAUGCUUCGGCUGAUCUCCAUGUUCCAAUGCUUGCAGAAUGCAAAAUCUUUGAAGCUGAAUGGGGGUAUCCUUCAGCUAAUGAGUGAAUUUCAUGGGGUCUGGGAAGAUCAGCCAUCUCCUUUUACAAGAUUGAAGUCAUUGAUUCUGGAUUUUGAGAGUGUACGUUAUGAACACGUCGACUACUUUCUUAAAGGAUCUUCUAGUACGAGUCCAAAUGUUGAAUUCAUCUAGCCCUAGUGGUAAUUGACCAGUUUGCCAAGUUUCUCAUCCGUGUAUGCAACUGGUCAGUGUCUCCCUUUACUCACUGUUUUGAUUAACAGAGUGUUUUGAAUCACUUUGCCACUUUGUAAUAGCUUAACUUGUUCCUUUCUGUAGUAUGAAUCUGUGUCUGUCUCUUGAUCUAUUAGAUAAGCCGAUCGAACUGUCUUGCAUCCGAGAAUAAUUGUUCUGGGGCAGAUAUCACAAGGAUGCAGAAUGUGUGAGGAAACUAAGUACAGCAAAGAACAACGUUAUCAUAUAUGAAGAUUGGAGCCUGUGAUGGUUCAGGGUGGUUCAUAUACAAUAGAGGAGCUGUCCUUAGCAAACCAGAUAGAGCUGUUGAAAUGCCCUUCUUGGUCCUGCUUUUCCAGUACAUGGUGAUGGCUGUACAGUUGUAGAAGUAGCACCAUUUCCGGAUCUGUUAGUUCCGGGGGAUUCGUACUUUCUUCCAUCAAAUGUAGCUUUGUUUCUGGACACAAAAUCAGCCCGUCUCCCAGAACCUGUUAUCUAUCACAUCUUUUCGUUUCUGGACACCAAAUCGGCCGUCCAGACCUUUGUGUUGUCCUGAGUAUGACGAUGCACUUGGAAACACGUCCCGGUUCUCAAUUUUUGUGGCAAAUCCUUCGGGCAACAUUCGAGUUUUCUGAAGGUAUGUUGGCAAGGUUCUGUCACUUUGUUAUCCAGUUAAUGUCCACAAGUCGAGCUAUUUAUCAGAGCGAUAUAGAAGGGAGUGGUGGAUGGACUGUUCAGAGGAAGCAGAUGAUGAUUAGUUCGUUAGGGUCAUCGAGUAUGGCUUGCUCCAUGAUGCAAAACAUUUAUUGAUUGGACUGGACCAUGGUUUGGAUGUCGAUCACUAUUACCGAGUCUAUGAUUUGUUCGGCUCCUCCAAUUGCAAUCUCAGAAGCUUAGAAUUCGGUUUCCUCGCCAUCGAUAGUGGAUUCAGGUUUUUCGGUUUUUGGAUGCCGACCUCAUUGAAGUUGGACUAUUGUGUGCUGUCUUUUGGUCAGGAGAAGGACAUUGAUCUGUUCUCUACCUUCCCGUGCCUUCAAAAUGUGGUUGUGGAACAAGGCACUAAUAUGCCUACUGAUGAUAUGCAUGAAAGGCAUUUCAAGGUUUCAAGGCUAGAAUUACUUAGCUUGUUGCUCAAAUCUAUCGAGUUUGAAGUGUUCGCCCCAAAACUCAAGUCGUUCCAUUUCAAGGAACACAAAUUUAUAUCAUUGGAAUCCUUAGAUUUAAGUGUUCCUUCCCUUGAUCAUGCUUGAUAUUUUGGUACAUCCCCUGGAUGACAACGAUGAUGAAGAGGACGGCAACGCCAUUGAAUGGGAGAAGCAACGCUUGAUCUCCUUGUUCAGAGGUUUGUGUAAUGUAGCAUCUCUGACGCUGCAUUCUGAAAUCAUCAAGGUAUCAAGGUAUACUUUGUUUUGAUAUGCAGUUAAUCUAAAUUGAAAGGUUGCCCCAAGAAUUUGAGUUGGUUUCUGUUCUGUUAUGGUACUUCCUUUACCCAAACGACAUACAUUACAAGGUGGCCAAUUACUUGUUCAAACUUAAAAGGUUCUUCUAGUGUCAAACCCAUUAUUGAUUUUGUCAAGAUGUAGUAUUUGACCUCUUUGUCAUAGUUCCUUCUAGUCGUACCUAAUUAGUACUUCGUUACUCAUCCUUUUUCCGGACCGUUCCUAGUUACUCUUCUGCAUAACUUUUUAUAUGAUAGUCAGAUGAAAUAGUAGACAAAUAUGAUUAUAAUGGGUAAAAAUAACGUCAAUCGAUACUAAUUGAACUGACGAUGAAAGAGCAGUUUAUGCCACUAAAUGGACAAUUUUGUUAGUUUCUAAGAAUAAAGAGACAAGACAGUU